ACGGAAGUCGUCUCAUUGUGACCACCUCUGCGCUGCGCUGCGCUGCACGGCAGCUGCACGCUCUCGCAUCCACUGUUUGACAAAACCUCCUUGGUUUGACUGUGCGAGCAGAACGUGUGCGGCGGUAAUGGCUGCCAGGGAGAGUGAGGAAGACAACAAAUGAACCCCUGAGAAACGAUUCAAAGUGAAGACUAGGAUGGUAAGCAGCCAGCCGAAGUACGAGCUGAUCCAGGAGGUGGGGCGUGGCAGUUACGGCGUGGUCUAUGAGGCAGUAGUGAAGCGCACAGGGGCCCGGGUGGCAGUGAAGAAGAUCCGCUGUCACUCUCCAGAGAAUGUGGAGCUGGCCCUGCGGGAGUUCUGGGCCCUCAGCAGCAUCCAAAGCCAGCACCCAAACGUCAUCCACCUGGAGGAGUGUAUCCUGCAGCGGGACCAGCUGGCCCAGAGGAUGAACCACGGCUCAAGCUCCCCACUCUACCUGGAGCUGGUGGAGACAUCUCUGAAAGGCGAGAUCACAUUCGACCCGUGCUGUGCCUACUACUUGUGGUUCGUCACGGACUUCUGUGACGGGGGUGACAUGAAUGCCUACCUGCUAUCCCGCAAGCCUAGCCGCAAGACCAACACCAGCUUCAUGCUGCAGCUGGGCAGCGCCCUGGCCUUCUUGCACCGCAACCAGAUCAUACACCGCGACCUCAAACCGGACAACAUCCUCAUCUCCCAGGCAUGCACACCAGCUGGUUCGUCCGAGCCCACCCUCAAAGUGGCCGACUUCGGCCUGAGCAAGGUCUGCUCCACGUCCGGACUCAACCCCGAGGAGCCAGCCAGCGUCAACAAGUGCUUCCUGUCCACAGCUUGCGGAACAGACUUUUACAUGGCCCCGGAGGUCUGGGAGGGCCACUACACGGCCAAGGCGGAUAUCUUCGCCCUGGGGGUGAUUAUCUGGGCCAUGGUGGAGCGCAUCACCUUUGUGGAUGUGGAGACUCAGAAGGAGCUGCUGGGGAGCUACGUGCAGCAGGGCUCAGAGAUUGUACCCUUAGGGGAGGCCCUGUUAGAGAACCCAAAGAUGGAGCUUCUGAUCCCCGCCAGGAAAAAGAGCAUGAACAGCCACAUGAAGCAGCUGAUCAGGGAGAUGCUGUCGGCCAACCCUCAGGAACGGCCCGACGCCUUUGAACUAGAGCUAAGACUGGUCCGUAUUGCCUGCAGAGAGCUGGACUGGGACACGUGAUGGAUGAGCAACGGCACCACAGACUCAGCCGAUCAAGCACAUGUACUGUACACAUCUCAUCAGCUACUCUUAACCUAGAACAAAACAGAGGAUUAUUGUUUUAUAACUAGGGAACAAUAAUUAAAAUAGUCAUUGUUUGUAUCAUGGCUUAAACUUCAUCCACUGUCCAAGCACAUACAGUCCUCUGCUAGCUCUGUCUUUAUAUUGAAGGGGAGAGGUGUGACACCCACCGCUGCUGCUGCUCCAAACUGCAGCUUAGUCUCAGGCUAAUCACAUCACAGCUUCCACUUCCUCCUUACAGAAUCACUUGAGUGUGAUGGAAGAGCAAAAUGACCCCAAAAGUCCUGAAUUCAAUUAGUGAAUGUCAAAGUGACAGUCAAGCAGUUUGUCUACAAAUACCAUCGUGGACUCGGUGCUAAUUGUUACUAAAUGCAGUAUGAGACAUUAUCCUGUGAUCAAUACAGUCACCUCAAUGUGUGGAAUGUUGUGAAGCCACUUGUGGCUUUGACAGAACCUGACCUACAAACUGACUUCAGCCUGGUACAUGACCACCAGCAUUAGUAUUUACACGAAGAUUUGAUUCUGUUUUGGCAUCAAAUGCAGAUAUGCCCUGAAUGCUCAGGUAAUAAAAACAUACAACUGAUGGUAUUUGUAGACAAACAUCUACUAUUAAGGUCUGUUUUGCUCAGUAGUCUUGGAGGGAAAAAUACCAAACUUUGGUGCUUGAAGAUAACAUUUUUAUUUUUUUUUUCUCUGAAGGCUGCUUCGUUGGUUGUGUGGGUGGGGGACAUUUUAUCAGUAAGGAUCCAGCCCGCUGGUGCUUGUGGUCGGUGUUUUCCUCUUACAGACUUCAAGAUAAGUUGAUUGGUCCCAGACACACCCCUAACCAGUAUACCAGAAUGUAUAACGAUCAAGACAGGUCACCUUUCAUUUAUAUAGAGCCUCAAACACAAAACAGACAAUUUUAAUUACAAAGAGCUUCACACGGUUAAUGAGGAAGAGAGCUUAAAGGAUCAUUUUGGUUUGCUGUAUUGCAACUUGGGUCUUAUUUUCGUGGUUUUGGCCAUCAUUCCAGUCGGUAAUAAUAACAUCGUACUCACCAAGUUCAAAGACCAUUUGCUAAAUCCUGCCCACCUUAGUUACUGUUGCUAUGCCUGUCAAGCUUUCUGUUCUAGUAUGGCUGUUAUGCAGUUUACAGUGAUAACUGUGGCAGGUUUAUCACUCGAAAUUUUGUGGUAAUUUUUCAAACACUUGAGCCUUGAUUUCAGACAAAUAGACAAAAGCAGCUCCUCAGUUUUCAGUAGGCAACCGUCGAUUUUGCUGGCUGAAAUGACUGUCAGAUUUAUUAGCUGUAGCUAGCUAAUGUUAUCUAAUUAACGUUAACUAUGUGAGUUGGUUAAAUAUGCAGUUGAUGGCUACAUACUUAAUGUCAUGCAAACUCAGCACCGUUUAAUGAUACAAAAAACAUAGCCCGACCAAUACUGGAUUUUUGAAGCCGAUACGAAGAUUGAUAUCAAUAUUGAUGGUCAAUAGUUUGUUGUUUUGUUUUUUUUAAAGAUUUUUUUUCACAUAAACACACAACAUAAACAAACAUUCUUGCUAUGGAUCCCUUAAAUACAUUUUACAGUUGAAAAAUCAACUUAUCAGUGCUCUCUGGUGGACAAACUAUGUAAUGGAGACACUGUUUCUAAAUGACCUCAAACCUAGUUCACCAUGUCUGUCCUGCAGUUUCUUAUUACUUAUCAGCAGACAUAUACACCGAUACGAUAUAUCUGCAAUAAGUUAAUAUCAGCCUGGCCGAUGUAUCGGCCUAGCUCUACUAAAAAACAAAACAAAACGGAAGGCUAAAGCUAACAGGUCCCAGGUGAAAAGUCACCAUGAAUGUAGAAGGCAUAGAAAUGAAGUAGCGGCAUUGUUUUUGUAUUGCAGCAGGAUAUUUUGUUCUAGCUGUGCGAUAGAUUUGGAAGUAGAACCGCUGUAAAAACGUAAUUGAGGACUGUCUGCACCUCGCUGUAAAAGCCUCCUGAGGACGUAAUUGAGGACUGUUAGCGCCUAUUCAUUUUGAAAGAGCAACGGCCAGUGGGGAAACUCCAACACUCUUGAUUUAACGUUAUCACUCAGUAAGUCAGGGACAGACUGUCACAUUAUUGGGUGACCCCGCUUUGCUGCGGUCCAGCCAAGGUUUAAGUAAUUAUAUGCUAACUCCAUACACUAACCACCACAAUUAGUUGUUAUGCUCACUCAGUUUUUUUGUGUGAUGAGUUAUUAUACUAAUAUUUCAGGUGCGCUCACUUUCAGUUUCACUUCCAAAUAAAGUAGUUUAGUUAAUCUGGAUAAACAGUUUUUUACAACUUGUCUGAUCCUGUUCCGUGCCCCAUUGGGCUUCAUCGUGGCAAUGUCGCCGUGUUCCUGGAUCUCAGCCAUUAUUUUGGUGAGUACAAUGUUAUCAUAGCCAAAAGAAAUAAUGUCCAAAACUAUGAAAAUCCAACCAAGUUCUAAUAAACCAGAAUUAUUCUUUAACAAGAAAAUGAUUCCAAACAACCGAGCGCACUAUAAUAAAGCAGGCUGGCGUACGUUCAAAAGACUUUGUGGAGUGACUCCCCCACACAUGGCAAACAAAUUAAUCUUGAGAGAAAUUAGUUAUCUGAAGGGUGAGCUGCUUGUAUUACAAGAGCAGUGACAUGAAUAUUCACAUCUGAGUCCAUUUAGACAAGAGACCUGAAUGAGUAAAAGGGGUGAGGGAUUCAGUGACUCUCACUGAAAGCACUUUUAUUUUGUUGUUUAUAUUUAUUCCUCAUAACUACCUACUGCAUUAUAUCGAGGAGCUCUGUGAGGCUGGAUUCAGUGUGAUAACUGCGUUGGUAUUUGUUUACCAGGCGAACACAAUGUCAGCCAACAGUCUACUUAUGCAUGCAGUGCCUCUCAACCUUCAGGGAAGAAGCGAGAGAAGACACCAGCACAUGCCAUCCUCCAUGAGCCAGAGGAUCUCUUGCUUUUUAAAAAAAAUACAUAAUACUGUUGUGUUUAACUUGAUCUCCUCUUACUGUGUCACUGCUCCUCAUUUCCUUUGGCUCUGGAUCUUACAGUAAUCCCUUUCUUCAUGCUACCGACAGGCUAAUUCUAAGCCUAUUAAGUUGUUGCAGCACUUGGCAGAGGAUCAUGCUUGGGACCCCUUUUGCCUUUCAGGUCAUACACAAUUUGUGCACUUUUUACAGGAACCUAUAAAACCAAACAAUCCUGGCUUCUUCAUUGCUCUCAAACUCUGGCAGAAAAUCUAGUUUCCUUUGACUUGUUGCCAAUAUUUAUCUGCUAGAUGGCCUUUAAUUCUCCCCUUAGAUAUAAUAGUUUUAUUUCCUGUCAUGAUGAGAUAGAGAUUUGCCUUAUUUUUGAAAUUCACUGUUUCCUUUUUGACACUAGAGUGGCCUCAGUGAUAUUGCACUCAAACACAGAAUUGGCAAAAGUUGUGCUUGAGAUGCACCACGUUUCACCAACUCAGUGUGAUGCUUUGGUAUGAAUAGCAAUACCACAAAUCUGUAUUAAAACGCCUGUCUGUACUGCGAGACAUCUAUGCUGCUUUGGACAAUGUUGCUUUGCUGAAAGAAUGUGGUAUUUGUGGCUUUCUGUUCACGAGCAUCAAAGUUUGGACUCAAAGUAGGUCACCCAUGUCCUCGAAGCUUUAAGCAGAGAGGGUGAUGGGUAGAGUCAUUUCCGGACUGAUUUCUUCCUUCCUCCCUCCUGUGAGGUUUGAGACAUUUGCCAAACAAAUGCUAGGUCUGGGGUAUUAAGAGAUUUCACCCUUUUGAUUUGUUGUAUUAAAUUCCUUUGCACAUGUGUAAAUACUGUAUAGGAUCAACGGGAUGAACAAGGUUGAUGUACAUUUGACUGGCUGUGCUCUGUUUUCAAGAGCCUGACUUGUUUGACAUGUAAAUUGCUGUGAUGGAUUCAAUUUUACUUCAGCUCUUAAUUCAGCUUCAGUUUACUUCAAUAAUGGAAAAGAUGUGAUAUAUUUACAGGUCAAUACUGUUGGUGUGCUAGUGAUAAUUGUCUGUUUUUCAUUGGCCUAUUGUUUGUGAAUUUGUGUAAGCAAAGCUGGUAUACAACGUGGGUUAACUCAAAUCGUCUUUUCUGUCGGGCUAUUUGGAAAUGGAACUCGGGGACAUCGAUCAAACCUUACCACUGUACUAGCCCUGAUCUAGGACCACCAGACAAUGUACCACCAUACUGCUUGGCCAUCUCCAGAUGGCAGAAAUUGCAAUGGGAGGAAUGUUGAAAAUAAGAACUCACGGGAUGGUUGGACAUCUUUUCAGCGACCGGAUGGGAGGAAAAACGACAUUAGGCAGGUUCAAAUUUACAAAACACGUGACUGAGUGAGGACUCUUCAGUUACAGUCAACACAAACCAUGUGCUAUCAUAGAUGGUGCAGGACUUCUUCUUUGCUCACCCACUGGAGUACUGCUCAGCAGUAGUGUGCUCAGCGCUGCCACCAGUGGCUGGAAGCUAUAGAGAGAAAACUAGCUGUGUCCUGUUCCCAAACUACAUACUAAUGCUGCGUUCACAUCAGACGGGACGGAUGGUAGAGAUGGGAAAGAUUUCCAUGUUUACAACUUGCAAACAUCAAGGGACACAAAAACCCCAGAGAUUACAGCGUUGGUUGUGUGAAGGUUAAAAAUACUGUGCAUUGACAGAAUAACUAUAUCCAGUAAAUGUGGGUUACUUUACAUACAAAUGAUGGACUUGGAUGUUUGACGUGAAUGCUAUUUACACGUUGGAAACUCGUAGUUACGAUAUCCAAUGUGAUCUGAACAUGGCAUAAUUCCAGACUACAUACUGUGUACAGUGUGUACUUCAUAGUAUACUCUUUUUGCAGUUAGUAUACAAGAAAUCACCAUACUUAACUGUUACUAACAGGAAAUGAAGCCACAUGUGCAUCAUUUCAGGUAAUCAAACUGACUAAACUCAAACUGUCACUGCCAAUUAAACUUCACAGACAGACAGCAAAAUGUUAAUCCAAAAGGUAAUUGUUACCAUCCACAAUUUAAAUUUUUUUUUGAGCUAUGAGAAUUUUCUCCAUUUCCUUUGUGCAUUGUGUUCUGCGAGAUUAGUUUACUUAUACUGACUGUUUUGAGUAUACUUUUAUUUAGUAACUUAUCAGUGGACACACAGCAUACUCAGUACCUGCUUAGAAUUCAUGUGUAGUGUGGAUUUAGGACAGUUAUAAUAUGAUUUCCUGUCACGGUAAAAUGGUAAAUUGUUUAUUACUUUUAUACUUCCUAACUUAUACUAUAAUGGUGAGUAUAGUACAUACUGUCCACACUUAGUAUGCAGAAUGGAAUUGGGACACAGCUUUUACACCCUCUUAUUCAGCAGCAGUGCUGUAAUAUAGCUUGUGGCCACCAGGGGCAGCACUGAGCACGCUGCUGCUGAGCGCACUCCGGUCGGUAAACGCCAUGUUUUGUAUUGACUGUAAUGUGAGAGGCCUCUCUGGGUCUGGAGGAAGUCAUAUUUUGUUGUUACCUGCGUAGCCUCAUUUCCCACCUUCUAGGUCACCGAGAGGAUUGCCCUCCAUUCAGCAACACUCUUAAUGUUAUAUGAGCAGCUCAGCGACUGCACUAUAUAAGGUCCAGUAGAUCCCCUGCAGGACUGUGAUACUUAAUACAAGUCCUGGAUCCGAUGAAGAACACACUGGGAAUCAUGUCAAAUAAUAGAUCCGAACUCAGCCAGGCAAACUUCUGCUCACACUUUUGUAUGAACAAUUGUUGCUCUUAUGUCAUUGUAAGAUAUUUUGAAGAGAAAUUAAGUUUAUCAGAAGUGGUGUGAACACCUGUCAAUCACCUGUUGAAUUGAUGGAUUUUUUAAUAAAAUGAAUUGAAAUAAUAA